GCGCGGAGGUACGCGGAGUGGAGCUCAGGGCUGCGGAGGGGAGCGGAGCUGAACGGCUGGGCGGGCCUGGCCUGGCCGGCAGAGCGGAGACGUCGGUCGAGGGGCGGCGAACAUGCGCUUUUGACACGUUGGAGGCUUUCUUGAUCAUGGAUGGUGAAGAUAUACCAGAUUUUUCAAGUUUAAAGGAGGAAACUGCUUAUUGGAAGGAACUUUCCUUGAAGUAUAAACAAAGCUUCCAGGAAGCUCGGGAUGAGCUAGUUGAAUUCCAGGAAGGAAGCAGAGAAUUAGAGGCAGAGUUGGAGGCACAAUUAGUACAGGCUGAACAGAGAAAUAGAGACUUGCAAGCUGAUAACCAAAGACUGAAGUAUGAAGUAGAAGCAUUGAAGGAGAAGCUAGAACAUCAAUAUGCACAGAGCUACAAGCAGGUCUCAGUAUUAGAAGAUGAUUUAAGUCAGACUCGGGCCAUUAAGGAGCAGUUACAUAAGUAUGUAAGAGAACUGGAACAGGCCAAUGAUGACCUGGAGCGAGCAAAAAGGGCAACAAUAGUUUCACUGGAAGACUUUGAACAAAGGCUAAAUCAAGCCAUUGAACGAAAUGCAUUUUUAGAAAGUGAACUUGAUGAAAAGGAAUCUUUGUUGGUCUCUGUGCAGAGGUUAAAGGAUGAAGCAAGAGAUUUAAGGCAAGAACUAGCUGUUCGGGAAAGACAACAGGAAGUAACUAGAAAAUCAGCUCCCAGUUCUCCAACGCUGGACUGCGAAAAGAUGGAUUCUGCUGUCCAAGCAUCACUUUCUUUGCCAGCUACCCCUGUUGGCAAAGGAACAGAGAACAGUUUUCCUUCACCGAAAGCUAUACCAAACGGUUUUGGUACCAGUCCACUGACUCCUUCAGCUAGGAUAUCAGCACUGAACAUCGUGGGGGAUCUCUUACGGAAAGUAGGGGCUUUAGAAUCCAAAUUAGCAGCUUGCAGGAAUUUUGCAAAGGACCAAGCAUCACGAAAAUCCUAUAUUUCAGGGAAUGUUAACUGUGGGGUGAUGAAUAGCAAUGGCACGAAGUUCUCUCGAUCAGGGCACACGUCUUUCUUCGACAAAGGUUAUUCAUGUAUUCAUCUAUACAGCAAGAAAAAGUCAUAUUUCCCACGUUGUUCAUGGGGCAGUAAACGGCUUUGACCCGGCUCCUCCUCCUCCUGGUCUGGGCUCCUCGCGCCCGUCGUCAGCACCGGGUAUGCUGCCACUCAGUGUGUGAGUGCCCGGCCUCCAGAUGGGGGCUCCUGCCCCCCUCCAAGCACCAGGACACCCACGCCUCACCCCUCGGUGCCUGGGCCCAGCUCGUGCCCCUCCGCCCGCCUCCCCACGGCUGGCAGAGGGCAGGCUGCAUGCAGUGGCGGCUGCUGGGCCCAGUCCGGCCCCAGGACUCUGCGCGAUAUCAAUACUGGCUAUUUUCUCUUCUCGCCGUAGUGCCGUUGGUUUCACAUGAUUGCACUUUUGUGGGUCACAAGGUGAUACAUGCGUGUAUUACUCGGUCACUGGAUGCAGAAGUACCCAUUCAUCACAGCAUCUCCUAGCCCCGCCCUGCUGUACCGAUAGGAUUUAGUUGUGUUUAGGACAUUGCAGAUCUUCUAGAAGUUCUUCCCCAAAUCAGGUCAACUUGUGGUCUCCUCCUGAGCUCUCAGCCAAGCGUCUCCAGUGCUGAUGAUCAUGUGUUCCCCCCACCCCCCAGGUUGGGCCUGUGGAUGGUGAAGAGUCAGGAAGGCCACUGAACUAGGGAGCAUUUUCUGCACCUUCUGAUUUUACUUUCUCAGUUAUCAUUCCGUAGACUUGCCUCCCCGAGCAGCCACAAAGGCCCGUCUGAGAUAGCAGGAGCUUUGGGGCCUGGGUGCUCUCAGGGCUGGGCCCUGCCGUCUCCUCCUCCACUGCCUCAGACUUGGGGGAGGGGGGGCGGCUGCCCUCUCGGCAGCUCUCUGGUCCUUCAGUGAAAUGACAUCUUCAGAGCGCUUUUGUUUUGUCUCCGGAGGGCCUGUCCCAUUGUGUCAGGGUUGCGUGGCCUGAUUCCAGGGGCUGGCUGGUGGCAGCUCCGGGGGGCAGACUGACCAUAAGUGGUCCUCCCUGUGCAUCCUUUGAUUACUCUCAUGCUGCAUUUACUGUUUACAUUUGUUUUAUUGUACAUAGGUUUGUAAACAUUAUUGCCUAAGAUAUUUGUAUAUAACUUGGGCUUUGUAGCUUUUAUUUAUUCGGAACUCAUAUGGCAUGUUAAAGACUUAUGAUGGUGUCCUACUCCGGGCAGCUGUAUAGGAUCAUCAUGUGGUUAAAAAAAAAUACUUCCCCUCGAAAAAA